ACGUACGUUCGUGUAUCCCCGGCCGAGAGAGCUUGUGCAGAGUGCUCGCCAACGUCUGCGAGUCCCGUGUCUUGCACGACUCUACACGGAGAAUUAUAUUACGGAGGGCUCGCGCCCUCGUCGUUUGCGCGAGCGUAGUCCAAUUUUCUCCGAAAAAAAUCGCGCCCUCGAAGCUUUGGCAGCGCGCGCGAACCAGGCGUCCACGAGAGCUCCGGUCUAUCCUCGCCCCUUCCUCACCCCUUCGCCCUUUUCCGGUUUGUGGUAGCUAACCGGCCGGCCGCGAGAAAAAAAGGGGGUACCCGCGGCUGUCCCGGGUGACAGAAAGGGCUCGCUCGUGUCACGGAACCCUAGGAUAUCAAACUCGUGUUCUUCGCUCGCGCGAGAGGCACGCGUGUCGUCGCACGCGUCUCUUUACCGGUGAAAGAGAGAGGAGAGAACCCCCGUGUUGUGAGACGGCCGUGCCGCUGGACCAGCGCGGCCCCGCCGCUGGGAGAGACGACGACGAUGCAGUCGAUGUGGCCAACGACGACGACGACAACGACAACAACGACGAUCACGACGACGACGAUGUACGCUCGGCAUGGCGUGAGGAGCGACGACGGCGACGGGAAAUUGUGUGCGCAGUGAACUCCGCGUAAACCCUCGCUAACGCUACGACGACGGAACUGCGUGCGUGUGAAUGCGUGCGGUACGUACGUUCGUGCGUGCAUGCGUGCGUGCGUGCGUGCGUGCGUGCAACCGGGAGACACACGCGUGGUCCGCGUCGCGCGUACCUACUCGUCCCGACUGGCUCUCGCUCGUCGCCGUUGCUCGCGCGAGACGACCAACCCCCUUGGUACACACCUAAGUGAGGCGUUCAACGUGGCCGAUCCUUGGACAUGGUGAGGGGGCAUGUUGGUGUGUCGGCGGUUGCUGCUGAUCGCAGCCGCGAUCGCGGCCUCGAUCGAGGUUGGCUCGGCUAGUUACCACCCCGGCAUUUCGUCGUCGGACUACUCCGGAUACCCGAGUGGAUACGCGAUUUACUCCGGCGCGACGUCACCCGAGUCUUCGCCGUCGUCGUCGUCGUCGUCGUCGAGCAGCUCGUCCACGUCCGGUCCGACAGCGGAGUCCGCGGCCAGCAACGCCGAGUCGCUCUGCCGACCGUCCGAGUUCCAAUGCGGCACCACUGGACAUUGCGUCGCGCAGGACAAGUACUGCGACGGCGAGAAUGACUGCGACGACAAGUCUGACGAACCGAGAUAUUGCACCCCUUGCAAUCGGACGUUGUACGGUGACGUCGGGCGGACCUACAGAGUGGAGAUUCGCCGGCCAAGGGAGGAUCGACUGCCAUUCCUGUGUCAUCUCAACUUCACUGCCGCCGGAUCUGAUCUCGGGGAUCUAGUCCAGUUAACUUUUGAUACCUUCACGGUCGGCCGCUUUCAAUCCUUUACGUCGGAAGGAUGUCCAGAUGGUUUCAUGACUAUUCGCGAGGAAGGCCGUCCUGCGACGGGAGGACAAUGGUGUGGCAGUGCGUGGGGCUACACCGUUUAUUACAGCGAAACUCCUUCCAUCAAUCUGACUUUAUAUUUACUACGUUUAUCAGAGCAGGGUAUUGGCUACAACUUCGACUUCAAGCUGUCGUACAAGUUCCUGAGAAGAAGCGAGGCGCAUCUCAGAUACGGAAACAGCAGUAUGUCCACAUGGCGCGGCGAGCUGGUGAACGGCACGUACUGCGAUCGCGUCCUUACCAAAUGCGAUACCAGGGCCUGCCGGCUGCAGUCGCCGAAUUAUCCCGGAGUUUACCCCAGGAAUGUCACUUGCUACUAUCGGGUGGAGCAAAACCGCGCGCCGGUGGGUCAUCGGGCUCUACUCGCCGUUAGUCAGCGGAAUAGUCACAAGAUACACAUUAAGGACCAGGUCGUGAAGUACGACAGAAGUCAGCGAGUGCUGAGGGUGUGGGAUCAGUGCAACGUAGUGCAGGAUUACUUAACGGUAUAUGACGGAGGUUCAACCUCAGACCGAGUGCUUGUAAGGCUGUGCGGAGGAGAUGCGGUGCCAGACAUCAUCAGCAGUCACAAUACGAUGUUGUUAGAGUUCCACACGUCCCCGUACGACAAUCCAUUUCAUCCAGUACCACUGUCUUUCCUACCAGGAUUUGAACUCGAAGUUCAGGUGAUUUUCGUCGACGAAAAGUCUCGAAGUUUCGUGAAGGAAAACGACAACUGCGAUUUUUAUAUAUCCGGUGACGAGAACUCGUCGGGCAUUCUGGAAAAUCCGAAACACUCUUUACCGCCGAACACAACUUGCCGUUAUCACUUCCAAGGGAAACUCAAUGAAAUCGUUUGGUUAUCGUUUGUUAAAUAUUACGCCGCCAGCGUAGAAGCUGCUGCGAGUAUCGACACUACCGCUGAUUGCAAUGCAAAGCUUCUGAUAUGGGAUGGUGAUAUCACAGUGGACAAACUUACUUCCAGCCGAAAAAACGUCACGCUGAUGGGACAGUUCUGUAAGGACGACAUACCGCGACUCUGCGACCACAGUCUACUGCGUAACAGCAGCCGUCACACACGGCCGUGUAGCCUCGCAGAGAGUUACGUGUCGACCGGCCGCGAUCUCACCCUGGAACACAUAUUGCGCCAGGGUAGCGCGCUGUAUCCGAUAAGUUUCGUACUGCGCUACGAGUUCGUCCACGAGGCUAUCUCGUGUAACCACGUGUUUGCCUCGGCGCCGUCAGCCUCAUCCACGUCUUCCACGUCGUCCUCCUCAUCUUCCUCUUCAUCUUCCUCUUCUUCCUUAUCGUCGAACGCCGGGAAAUUCGCGUCGCCGAAGAACGUGUUCUUUUACGGUCGCGGCGGGGCGCAGAAUCUGAGUUGCGUGUACAGAUUCGAGGCCGAGCCCGAUCACAGGAUAGAGCUGUCCUUCGUCAGGGCCUCCUUCGGUGGCAAGAGCUGCGCGUCUUACGUGGAUCCGUUGGUGAAUCGAUGGACGUGCGACCGCCGUAUGGCGGAUAUUAAAAAAUUCGGCAUGGCGGAUCUUGUUGUCGCUGAAUAUCCUUGGCAAGAAGUCGAACUGGUUCGCGAUUGUCUGUGCUCAAACGUGAGUGAGAGAAUCGUCGUGCGGACUCUGACAUCGAACGUAGUGGAGGUCAGGUUUACUAUCACGCUCAUGAACGUCACUCAGGAUUACCGAGACUUCUUCUUCGAGGGGGAAUACCGUUUCGUCCCGGUAGGCACGGAAUCGAACGAGCACGGGUGCUCGUCGAAGCUCGAGGAGCGACGAUUGCGCGGUACCAGCGGCGAGAUCUCCCUCAGGAGUCCUCUGCCGCGGAUGAUUCCCAGCUUGGCUGCGGUGGAGGAGAUCCUAACGAACACGGAGGAUCUCACCGCGACGCAAUGCGUGAACGAACCGUGGCUGAUCGAGCCCGAGGACGCGCGCAUCAACUUUCUGUACUUGCGAACCGCCGGCUACAGCAUCACCCUGGACAACGUCGAGGAGUGCACGACCCUAAACAGAAUCGUCGUCUACUCGGCUGCGAACACGAAGGAGCGCAGCGUGAUCUGUCCGGAGGGUGGGGUCGACACGACCAGGACCGUCGACUUCUUCUCGGGUGGCUGGAAUUACAGUGCCGUGAAUGCGAGCGUGGCGAUGGCGCAGCAUGCCCGCAGCUUCGUCGUAGAGUUCCUUCAGCGAGAGCCCGGCUUCUACGCCGUCACAUGGAUCGCGAUCACCAAACGUUCCCCAACCGCAUCUAAUUUAGGCGCCAACGCGUUUGCCAUAUUGCCCGCGGAAGAUUGCCCAUACAGAUGUCCAGAGAUUCAAGCGUGCAUCAGCUCUGUUCUGUGGUGCGACGGUGUGCGUCAUUGUCCCUCGGGCUUCGAUGAGGAAGAGGCCAAUUGCUCAUACCGUUUUGGAGUGACGCUGCUCUACGUCGCGGUGGGCGCCGGUGCCCUCGGUAUAUUCCUGAUUCUCCUGCUGGCCACUGGUUGUCUCAAGUAUUGCCUCUAUCGGCAUAAGGCGCGCAAGAAGAAGAAGAACGUUGCUCUGAACGUUAAUCAUCUCCACGUGAAUCACACUCACCACAACAACGGCUUGACCGGAAGCAGGUUGAGCGGACGCUACAACCUAGCCACGCCCCAGGAAAUGUACCUGGAGAAUUACGGGAAGGACAGUAUUUGUUGACAAUACGCCAUCGCCAAUAUCGAGACCACCGUGUGAAUAGUCAUGAUUUUUAAAUGCCUACCUCGCUCUGGGCCCCUCCCUCUCCUCUCCACCACUUCCCAUCAACCCCAUGAGUAACGGACCGGAGUGUACGGCAGCCAAACACUCCCAUCCACAAGGGCACGCAUACAAGUACAUACAUCCAUUCAGAUUUCAAACUUACAUGCGUACACACAAACACACAAACACACACACACACAUGCACACACGUAUACAUACUCUCGCAGUAAUCGUACGAAAUCCCGUAGAAUAUAUCCAAAGCGCAUAGAAGCGAGCGCACGAGACGUGCACGCUCGGUAACCACUUGGCUGGUGGCGAACGUAGUCGAAUUCCAUUCCUCUAAUCGAAUCAUAACAAUCGGCUUGCCUUGAAUAAGCGGAUCGCGAUUCGACUCAUUAGACCGAGGUGGAUAAUAACCGCCGUGCUUGUCGCACGAGAAUGGAUACCACGGGACGAUGCCUGCAAUCCUUCAGAAAGGAGUCGCGACGAGAGGUAGAUGUAAACGCACCUCGUACGCUCGUGUAUAUGGCAUUUACGAUAAACACCGCAGUAUCAUGGUAGGUUUAGAUACACACGAUUUAGGAGUAAAGAGAAAAAAAAGAGAGAUACGCGCGAGUGGACGAAGAUGAGCGGCGAAAUUGGGCGUUUACGCGUCCGCAAUGCUUCUAAGAGACGUAGGAUACGCUGUUUCCGUUGAGUGCACUUUCUGUCGGUUAUCGGGCGAAUGUCGUAAACGUCUACGAUGCCGGUACGACGAUAAAAGUAACGAGAUGAAGGAGCGAACACGAUGAUGCGAGCGCUAAAGCGCGAGAGAAGCGCGUUUCAAAUAGCUUACGUGUGAAUGACGAUGCGACGGACGAGAAAAAAAGGAUACGCGUAAGAUUCACGGACGCAGCAACGCGAAUGACAUUCGAAUGAUUUUCGCGGACGUGCCGGGGUAAAAACUCGGAGGUACUUGUCUAUACUCCUUUGAUCUCGAUCACGUGUGUUCCGUUGAUUCCAUACUUGUCUGUAACACAACAUGCAUUUCUGUAAUACGAGAUCCAGGAAAAAAAAGAAGUGAUAAAGAGUUGGCCAUGUGAUUAAGGAGGAUUACGCCAUUGACGUUCGCGCAAGAUCUGUCUUGACGACUGGACUAACGCCCUUCACAUCCAUUUAGCCUGAUUUUCUCAUUAGAUCACCCAACGACCUAACUAGUCGUAGGCUACGUUACCGCGAUGCAUUGUUCCAAAUUAGGGUCACUGGACCGGAUGAUCUGUUUUUUUUUAUCUUUCUAUUAAAAGGCACUAACUGUUAAAAUGUUUUCAUUAUGCCAGAAUUUGAUUAAAUAUUAAGCGCAUCAUAUAUUCACAAUCUGACCUCAAUUGAAUCAAAAUAGAUUUAUUAAAAUUUAAGUUUUUGACUACAAUGGAUUUAAUGAAAAAUCUGAUAAUUUUAUGAAAAUCCCGCAAAUAAGUGAAUCAGUUUUCACAAAUGCUUUGCCGUAAUUCAAUUAGUGCCUAUUUGGUACAAUCCUCCUUAUAGUGCAUUAUUACUGUUUUAUCGUACGAUAUUGCAUUACCAAUUCCACUUCAUACAGUUAUGAUGCGUUCGCGCAUUCUGAUGCAACGAAUGAUCUCAUUCCAUUCUAUGUCGAUCCGACAAUCGUCAUUUUUAUUUCAUUUCAUUAAUUUGAUUUUUUGAACUUUAUACAUGAUUUAUGAGAAAGACGUCUGAUACAUAGAUAAUUUAUUCAUAUAAUCCAGAUUUGGCAUCGAUGCCCGCGGCUUGAAUGAGACGUAGAUACUCACGUAUAAUUAAUUGGAUGCUACAGGAGCGUGUACACCGUAAUCCUGUUAAGCAAAUGAAACGUUAAGCCAAUGGACGCGGUCUCCACGCGUUAGCCUAUUAUGGACACUGUAUGGUAAAGCGCGUCUGACGUACGUCUGUAUGCUGUGAUAGAAGUAAGCGUAUCACAAAUCGGAAAUAAAUCUCUCGCGUAAAUUUCACGUUUGCAUGCGCGCAUCCUCGAGAACCAUCGCCGACAAGAUGGAUCAUGACCUUUCAAUGCAAUCUUCUUUGGUAUUCGAUAUCUUAACGCGGCCGAGCGCGUAAUUUCUAGAUCGCCAGUCAAAAUAAUAGUGGCCCAAGCUCGGGGGAAAAAUGCAAAAAAAGAAUGCACGAUUUUUCAAACGUACUGUACUUUGAUAAAAAAAAUUUGAGAAAAGUUGAUUAAAGACUUAUGAGCUGCGGACGUGAAAGCGAUAUAAGUCGAAAAAAACAAGACAAUUUUGACACCUUAUUAUGUAAUUCUUAAGAAGACAUAAUCAAAUUAGGGUGAAGUAAAUUUUAUAUGCUUCCCUUUUAGAAACAUAGCAAAUGACCACAAAGAGAAGCGAUUUUACAUUACAUUUAUAAUCUUUUUUCUAUCUAUUUCAAAUCGAAAGAGUUUCUCCAUUAGCUGCAAUAGUUCAGCUAAUUGCAGGAUCUCACAUGGGGACGGUACUUAAAUUAAAAGUGGCACUUGCAAUUUUCGAUGUUUUUGGUGUUAAUCGAUGGAAUUUUGAUACGAUAUUUUUGCAAAGUUACGAGCGCUCCGUGCCACAAUUUUGAAAAUUUCUGCAGAGACGUCGGCCGCGUCAAGAUAUUUUUUCGCCCGUCUCAUGAAUUGCUCCGUGAAUAAUUCACUACCCAAGGACAUCGUCUACCAACGAAUACUGCCGCAGUUAUUAUUUAUUCAUAAACUUUUAUAAGUCUCUUUCUACCCGAAUAACGAAAAAACUGUCCGAGUGUAUAUGACGUUCUGUACGCUAUAAGACACGGAAAUCCGAUAACGAGUAAUGUAACUAGCGAAUAACGUAGCGUGCAUUCGGAAGCGAAACUGUGUGCACCCAUCCGGGCGCCUCGAUGUGUUAACCGCGCGAUUGCCACAUUAAAGAACAUGUUAAAAAUUUACUCUAA